AGGAAGGAAAGAACAAAGCACCCCCCACGCACAGGAUGACAUUAAACACCCAGCAGGAAGCUAAGAGCCCCCAGCGUCGCAGAGCCAGCACCCCGCUGCCCCUGUCUCCCCGGGGCCACCAGCCUGGCCUCCUGUGCACAGAGCCCUCCACAGAAACCCAGCAUCCUCGGCUGGGCCAGUCAGCCUCCCUGAACCCUCCUGCACGGACCCCUUCACCUGCCCCCAAUAGUUGGUCCUCAGAAUCCAGCGACUCCGAAACCUCCUGGGAAGCGUUCUACCGUGUGGUGCUGCUCGGAGAUCCUGGUGUAGGGAAGACCAGCCUGGCCAGCCUCUUUGCAGGGAAGCAAGAGCGGGACCUCCACGAACACCUGGGAGAAGACGUGUACGAAAGGACCCUGACGGUGGAUGGGGAGGACACUACGCUGGUAGUCGUGGACACCUGGGAGGCGGAGAAACUGGAUGAAUGCUGGAGCCAGGAGUUGUGUCUGCAGGUGGGAAGCGCCUAUGUAAUCGUAUACUCCAUCGCAGACCGAGGCAGCUUCGAGAGCGCCUCCGAGCUCCGCAUUCAACUGCGACGCACGCAUCAGGCUGACCACGUGCCCAUCAUCCUCGUGGGCAACAAAGCUGACCUGGUGCGCUGCCGGGAAGUCUCCGUGGAAGAGGGCCGCGCCUGCGCCGUGGUGUUCGACUGCAAGUUCAUCGAGACGUCAGCCACGCUGCAGCACAAUGUGGCAGAGCUCUUCGAAGGCGUAGUGCGCCAACUGCGCCUGCGCCGCCGAGAGAGCGCGGCCCAGGAGCCGCCAGCGCCCAGACGGCGGGCCAGCCUUGGUCAGCGCGCUCGCCGCUUCCUGGAACGCCUGACAGCCCGUAGCGCCCGCCGCCGGGCACUCAAAGCCCGCUCCAAGUCCUGCCACAACCUGGCAGUGCUCUGAGGC